UUCAUCCACACAUCCACCCUGCUUAUCAGUUCACAGGUUGUAGCAGUCAAAUUUUGAAAUGAAUGUGCAGAACAGUCAAGUUAUCUCACUACCUGAAAAUCCUUAUUUUAUACUUAAAUGUAAUGAUUCAUUUUCUGUUUGUGCAGAUCCUAGAAGAAAGUAUCAUGUAAGGCUGCUGGCCUAUAACAAUGUGGAAGAAGGUUAUCAAGCAGACCAAACAGUCAGCACUCCAGGAUGUGUCUCUGUCCGUGAUCGCAUGGUGCCACCACCGCCACCCCCUCACCAUCUCUAUGCUAAAGCUAACACUUCAUCUUCUAUCUACCUUCACUGGGGAAAACCUGCCUUUACAUCUGCACAGGUCAUUAAUUACACAAUCCGCUGCAACCCAGUAGGACUGCAGAAUGCAUCUCUGGUUCUGUACCUUCAAACGUCAGAGACUCACAUGUUAGUUCAAGGUCUUGAACCAAAAACCAUGUAUGAAUUUGCAGUUCGGUUGCACGUGGACCAGCUCUCUAGUCCCUGGAGUCCAGUAGUCUAUCAUACUACCCUUCCAGAAGCACCAUCUGGCCCUCCAGUAGGAGUGAAGGUGACUUUGAUAGAAGAUGAUACAGCUUUGGUUUCCUGGAAGCCACCCGAUGGUCCUGAAACAGUUGUUACACGAUACACUAUCCUAUAUGCAUCCAGGAAGUCUUGGAUUGCUGGGGAAUGGCAAGUGUUGCACAGAGAAGGAGCAAUGACUAUGGCUUUGCUGGAAAAUCUUGUAGCAGGAAAUGUCUACUUGGUUAAAAUAGCAGCCUCCAAUGAAGUGGGAGAAGGACCCUUCUCAAAUGUGGUGGAACUUGCUGUCCUGCCAAAGGAGACAUCAGAGUCUAAUCAGAGGCCUAAACGCUUGGAUUCAGAAGAUUCCACAGCUUAUUCUGACUAUUACCAUCUGGACCAAAAAUCAAUGACUGGCAUUGUUGUUGGGGUUUGCAUAGCCCUGACCUGCAUCCUUAUCUGCAUCCUGAUCUUAAUUUAUCGCAGUAAAGCCAGGAAAACAUCUGCUCCUAAACCUGUGCAGCAAAGCACUGACCGGCUGUCACAUACCAGCAUCUCGUUAGCCAGCGCUAAUGAGGUGGAGAAGAGCAUUGAAGGAAUCGCAGAGAAUGCAGAAUCCUUAUUGCCAAUGAUAGUGGGAAACAGCUUCGUUGAUGCUAAGGGGGGAUCCGAUCUUAUCAUUAACAGCUAUGGGCCUGUCACAAAGGCCAGCUGCAAGAAGAGGUGGCUGUUCUUCCAGGAUACUAAGAAGAUGAAGACUGAGGAGCCUCAGAGAAGAUUUGUCCAGGCAGUGUGUCUUUAUCAGCCAGGUACUACUGUGCUGAUAAGUGAGGAUGACUCCCCCAGCUCUCCUGGCCAGCAGUCUAACUUCCAGGUGCCGUUCAGUAUUGCUGCUGAUACAGAGCAUUCAGCCAACAGCGAAGGAAGUCAUGAGACUGGUGACUCUGGAAGAUUUUCACAUGAGUCUAAUGAUGAGAUACACCUCUCCUCUGUGACAAGUGCCACUCCUUGUGCUACCAGUCCUUUUGUAAGCAGUGACUUGGGUAAGAACGUGAUGAAUUCUACCGUAAGUAACAGCAAAGAAUCACCCCUGCUGUUUGCUGCUGACCAGCCUGCUACCUCACCUCUUCAGAUACACUCUGCAGUGCAAAACUGACACCCUUAGGACCACAUCAGACAUUCUUGCAGUGUAUGUCUGUUCGAAGGACAAUGAACAGGGAGCCAAAGUUAUAUUGUGGAAAGCCUGACUAACUCAACAGGUGAUCCCGUAUUUCUGUUGAAUGGGUUUUGUUUUUUUGUUUGUUUAACUCAUUCAUUUUGAAUGUUCGAUGGUCAACAAAUGUGAAAGGACAGAGAUUUCUGACUAGAGUUGAAAUUAUGUCACUGGAGCAAAGGGAAGUCUUUUGGCUCUUUUGCUGACUAUCUACCUCAGUUUGCCGAGAGGUGAACUCUGAAAGACAACUGCUUUACCUCGUUUGUGUUCUAUUUGGUCUCAGCUAUGGAACUGAUGAUACUUCCUAGUAGUGUUUUAUUUUAGGUUUCUUUUUUUUUUUCCCAGUUGCGUAUAGAAUGCGUGUGUUUGUGUGUGUGUAUGCUCAGUAACCAGGGAGUUGUAUAGGUAGAUGAACAAGAUUGUUUAGCUGAAGCUCUGCCUUUAAAAAGAAGGAUAUCUCAGAAUAGAAAAUGUAAUGUUUUAAUGUGGCUGAUCUAAACAAUGUUCAAAACUGCAGAAACUGGAGUUGGUGCUUCCGUUUGAACAGCCACAUGAAAUCUUUUGUACCUCUUGAUUUCUCAUAGCUCCAGGAAGCCUAGGACAGUGCCUUUCCCCAGAAACUUGUGCCAACGACAGUAUGUGUACCCUUAGGGCUCCAGGGCACAUUGAGUUCCCCAUGGUGACAAAUACUAUCAAUUUAUUGACAAUUAAUGCUAAAAAGCAUGGCAAAAUGAAGAAGUAUUCAGUAUUUCCAAGCAGUUUGACUCUGCGUAAGAGACAUGGAAUAGAUGAUAAUGCUGAGUACUCUGGUAUUGCAGUACUUCUUAGCAACGGUGCCUUGCAUUAUAUAUAAUGAAAUUACUGAUUUGCCUUAUGCCUUUUUAGUAUUUAUAAAGUUGCUUUGGAUUUUGGAAAGAUGCCUUAAAUGCUUCUUAGAUGUUAUAAGUAAACUGCAUCAUGAGCUUGUAGUUCAUUUUUUACUCAGCUUUGAAUGCUGAUAAGCAGUGCUAGCAUCAUCGUAUGUCUCAGAGCUGUUUUUGGGAUGCAACCCUGAUCCUUGCCUUUGCCCAGUAUGCUGUUAGCCAGGAAUUUUAGCUCAGGGAGUGACAUAAGCCUAUCUAAAACUCUACCAUGAGAAAUAAAAAGCCAGAGCUUUAGUUGAAGAGUCUGUUGAAGGACACAAGUAGUGCUACUGCCUUGAACCCAUACAAUUCCUGUUUGAUACUACCUCUUUUAAAAGUUAUUCUAGUGUGUUGUGAUGUUUGUUUUUUUGUUUGUUUGUUUUUCCUGUACUCAGGGAACAGUUUGUUACUUUGAGCUGCCUCAUGAAAAUGUGGAGCAAACUGACAGGGUAUUGUGUUUUAUUUCUUAAUGGGGGUGGGAGGAGGAGAGAGAGAGGGAGGAGGUUGGAUUCAUCCAAUGUUAUAAACUUGCCUAUAUAACUAUCCAGUCCUCUUCUCUGCUUUCCUCAUUUUAACUUUAAAAAAAAAAAAAAAAAA